ACCGACGUUUGUCUUCAUUUUUUCCCCCUAAAGAUUACGACAUAUGUCGCAGGUGGCCUGAGCACAAAAUGGCUGACGAAAAUGAUGUUUUGGAAAGUUGGGAAGAAUUAGACGACAAAGAGGUUCUAGACAAAAGGUUACAAGAUAUCAAAAUUACACAGUCUGACAAAAAUGGAACUGAUGAUGGAGUAUCACAAAUGAAGGAAGAAGGAAGUCGGACACAAUACACACCUCAGGUUCGAAUAUUGAAAAGGUCAACAGACAAUGCCCAAAGUGCCAAAAAUAACAAAUCAAAAGUUCAGGUACAGCCACAGAAAACUCUUCAGCAAAGAGAAGCCGAGUAUAAAGAGGCGAGGCUGAGGAUUCUGGGAGAAGAUUAUUCAGGGGCGGUGGCAGAGAACUGUAAUAACUCAGCAACAGUCCCGGAAACCAGGCCAGUGAAGCUGAUAAAACAAACAGAAGAGUUGAAAUUAGAGCCCAACAAAGUGCAGCUUCUACGUGAGCCGCGAGGUCCCAACGGGACACCAGGAUUUGAUCAAAACAGAUAGCAGAGACUCAAUGAUGACAUGAUAAACAAAAUGGCUAAAUUUAUUGUUAAUUGGUCCCUCAUCCGUCCUGAACAAACCUUGUGUAUUCAGGAAUUGUGUAAUAUUAAGUCUUUAAUAUUUUAAGAUCUAUGUAAUGAUUUUAAAAAAGAUCUACUUGUGCACAUGAAAACUGCUGCAUUUGAUACCAAAUCACAUGAUAAAAAUGGUGUCUGUGAUCAGAUACAGACUAUUGUUACAUUUUUACAGACUUGUGACCUUGAAGCAUCAUGUGUAUAAUGUAGACAAUAUUAACAAUAUGGCAAAAACAGCCGUAAUGUAUUAAUAUUUUGUCACAUUUGAAACAAAUGUCUUCAGAAUAUGCCGAGUAAGAUCUGGACUUUUUGUUGCAUUUUGAUGAAAAAAAAUCAGAAUCAUGUUCAAAUGAAAUAUUUUUUUUAUCAUUUCAAAAUGUUAAUGAUUGCUUCUGAAAAUAUGAAUUUGGAAUGUUAUUUUUGUAAUAGCUUUUGUGAUGAUGUGUUUCCCACAGUUACCUCAUCUGUUUACACUGUCCCAUCUUAUUGAUAGAGCUUUACUGCUAUUUUUCAUUGCAAAAUUAAUUCUUUCCAUUUAUGGGAUUAUGUACUGUAUGAUUUAUUUGAGUGUGCAAGCCAUGACUAUGAAACACAUGGCAGAGCCAGUGGUUUAGUACAUGAAGUUGUGAGAAGUGCACUGUUACUUUGAAAAGCUAAAACACAAAGUUGCUUUGAAGACAGGCAGGAAUAAGUUGUUCUAAAGGCAAGAAUGACAGAGUUGCUUUGAGAAAAAGCAAGACAUGGAUUGCCCCAAAGGCAAGAAAGACAGAGUUGCUUUGUCAAAAAGCAAGACAUGGAUUGCCCCAAAGGCAAGAAAGACAGAGUUGCUUUGUCAAAAAGCAAGACAUGGAUUGUCCCGAAGGCAAAAAUGGUCGAGUACUUUGUCAAAAAGCAGGACAUGGAUUGCCCCAAAGGCAAGAAAGACUAAUUGCUUUGUCAAGAAGCAAGACACAGAUUGCUUUGAAGGCAAGAAGACAGUUGCUAGGCUGUAUUGCUUCAAAAAGAAGAAAAAUUGAGUUAUAUUGAAGGCAAUGCUGACAAGCAAAAAAACAGCAUUUUGAAAGCAAGGAAUUGUUGGUGUGAAGGCAACCUUAAUAAAGUUAGUUAAAGGCAAGAAAGAGAAAGUUGCAUUGAAUACAAAAGAAGACCAUGACUUUAAAGGCAAGCAAGACAAUGGCCUUGCAGUCCGAUUAAAGUUUCAAGGUAAAAUAGACAAGGUGAGAAAGGCAAGUUGCCUUGAAGGCAAGGGAGAGGAAUUUGAUUUGAAGACAUUAAAACAAAGUUGCUUUAAAGUAUGGUAUUGGAAAUGAGACAGGUGAUAGAUUUCAGUUCAGAAGCAGGGACAAGAAUGUCUGUACUUUAGGUUGUAUAGGACAACCUUCAUAAGAAGGCAAACAUGUCUGUAUUGGCUUGAAAUAAGAUAUAAACACUUGCUGCUAAAUAAUAUUUGUAUGCUGUUUGAUUUAAGUGGAGACAAGGCAAUGUGGAGAUGAAUACAAAGAUGUCCGUAUUGGCUAGAAGCCAAGAACAGAAGUGCUGUUGUGAAAUAUCUUUUGAAUGACUGUGUUGAAAUGUCAGGCAGUGUGAUAUUGGCCAAGUCAGGAUUAUAACGGUAUUUGCUCAAAGGCAAACAAGCAAAUGUUGAUGUAACAGCAAGUGUAGUUUGCUGUUAUGAAGAAUCAGAUUGAUGCUUUGGUGUGAAGGCAGCUUCAGCUGUAUUUUUACACAGGCAUUGCAGCAUGAUUUGAAGAAUGAUGUAUGAGGUGUACAGAGUAAGCUAGACAGUGCUGUUAAACAAGGACAAAGCAGUGUUGUGUGAAGUGGUUGUGGAAAGGGAGGAAAUACAAGAGAAGAGUAGAAUGUAGGUGUUGUUAUAAAGUUGCUUUAAAAAAUAAGUAAGGAUGACAGUGACUUGUGAGUGAGGUUAAAUAGAUAGUUAAAGUUGAUAUGGAGGUUAGCAUGAAGUUUAUUUUGCCGUAUGAAACCUUUGCUUGUUUAAAAGUACAGUUGUUGUUUGUCGUUUUGGAGGCAAGUAUGGAAUGUUUUUGAAGUCUUUGUUUUUAAUACUGCGCAAGUUGAAAUUGGAAGCAUGGGAAGUUAGCUGGAAGGGACACAAAGUUGUCCAAUUAGUGAAGAAUGGUUGUUUUAUUUGAGUAAUCUUGCAUAGCGGACUGGAGUUUCCAGUAAUUUUACAGAUGCUGAAAAUUUUCAUAUUUUUUCUAGGCAUAAAACUCUUGUGCUGUAAAUAAUGUACAACAAACUAAUCUGUAAAGAAGAUUCCUACCAUAAUUAUCAUUUUUUACAUAAAACCAGAGCAGAAUUAACUUGAUAGUUCCUCGUUUUUCCUGUAUAAUAUAUUUUACAAUUUAAAAAUGUAAUAAUACAAAAAAACAUACCGUAAUGUUUUACUGUAGAUAAUAAAGCAAAACCAAAAUUAUUACAUUAUUUUGUAUUGUGAUGUUGCGAUGUAUUUCCUGAUUAUGGAUGUAAAGUUUCCACACUUUGUUGCAUAUACUGUUGUAAAAAAAGUGCUAUAAAAAGUUAUUUGUAUGAUUUUAUGUCCACUUUUAUUUGUUGAAUAUGGCAUGCAAGGAAAAGAUUCAGUCUUGGGUUGCAGGUGAAGAUGGUAAUAUCCGACUCUCGGGGUAACUGUUUAUAUGGUAACUCUAUAGAGCUUCGUUACUGCCUUAAUAGUUAACCUUAAGACGGAUGUUCUGAAACUUCAACCAGUGAAAGAAUCAGAUAAAGUGAGUAAGAUUCCGAACCAGUCUGUUUCAACUGAUGAUGAUUAUCUCUCUGUGAAUGCAAAGAGUAUGUUUAGUAAUAAGUGAGAUAAAUUAGGUAGACUGAAAAGGAAUUAUUCAUUGAUGUUCACUCAGUUAAAAUUUUGACAAAUUUGUUUCUUUUUUUUUUUGAACAGCAUGAUUUAGAAUGGAACAAAUAAACAAUAUCGGAUGUGAUAUAUGGAACAAAUAUUUAUUAAAAUAAGAAAAUUAUGAUCUACCAUUAAAAUCUCUUGUUGUUGCUGCUGCUGCGAUAUAUAUGUGUUAGGACUGGUGCUGAUUAUUAUUUGUUUCUUACCAUUUCAUUUAAAAACUUUGGUUUAGAUCAUGUGAAAAUAUUUUUUGAAUAUUAAGUAUGUGAAUGUAUGUUGAUAACUUUGUAGAAAAAAUGGUAUUUGCAGCAUGGUAGAUUUGAGUAUUAUGAUAGAUUUGUAGGGUAUACUUCAUGUAUUGUCCAACGUCAUUGAUACUUAACCUUUAGCAUGCUGACAGCAAAUAUUUCUGCCUUUGCGACCAGUGCAGACCAAGAUCAGCCUACACAUCCGUGCAGUCUGAUCAUGGUCUGCACUGUUCGCUAUUCAGUCAGUAAAUUUUUAACAAACAUCCCUUUGAAUAGUAAAUGGUAUUGCCCAAAUUGAAUAAUGGAUCAGUCCAUUUUAGAAAUUUAGCAGGGUAAGGGUUAAGAUGUACUGUGUACCAUAUUCAGUAUACCUGGAAUGUGAACUGAUUAUCAGUAGUUUAGAUUUGACUCGCACCUUUUUGUUGGUCAAGCAAAUAAAAUGUUAUCUACACUAUAAUAUAAUCAUCAGGAUUGAAGACACAGCCUUGUGUGUUUGAGCCAUCAAGGUGGAGCAAUAUGUACUUCAUUAUAAUUAUGUAUAUGAUUUUGCCCUGGACUUUAUGUGGAGUUCAAGCAUAGCGAAGGUAUUCAGAUGAUCUGAAUUUGAGCAAUCCUAAAUCAAACAAAUUUGACUGUAAUUUUUAUUUUGCGAUUUAAAAGUCAGUAGCUUGCUGAUGUUGUUUACAGUUCAUGACUUAAUAUUAACUAUUUUAGUGGAUAUAGAGCUGGACUAGUGUUCAUCAGUUUUUCAAGUCUGGGACUUUGAAAGUCUCUAUCUCUUUGUACUGUCUUUCAAUUGGUAAAUAAGAGGAAGGUUUAUUGAAACUCUGCAAAAUUGUGUGUUCUGAAGCUAAAGGAAGAUCAGCAAAAUUUUAUUUAAUUAAGUGUUAAAUGUUCUCUCAGUAAAGUUAUGGCAAACUGAAUAUUUGGGUUUUUUUAGUCUCGGUUUCAGACUUACAGAUGAUGAAUAUGGGCCAAACAUAAAUAUUACUGUUUAUAAAUUCCCUGAUUGCUCCAUUUUUGAACUUGAAGGAAAACGAAACCAUUUGCAGAAAUUACCCACUGUAUAUGUUCAUACAAAUAUGUAACAGUAAAGUGAUUUUAAAAAAAAGUUUUUGAAGAAGUAAUCAAAAAUACUAUUUUUGAUAGCAGAGUUUAUUCAGUUCAAUGAUUGUAAUGAUUGUGUUAAAAAAACUGAAAUAAAUGUCUUGAAUAGGGGAACACAGCUGUUUUAUUUAUUUUUAGGUUUUGACAAUGUUAAAAUAGAUUUGAGUAAUUAAUAUUUCAGUUUCAGAAGCUGAAACAGUUUUUGUGUGUGUAUUGUAUAUUUGGUGUAAAGCCUUUUGUAGUUUAGUUGUAGAGAACACGUCACAUCUACCGAUUUUUAAAUUACAGUAAUAAGAGAAAAGAAGUUUUUGCUAGACUGGUUUUAAUUACAUUUUUUGCAAAUAAAAAUAAAUAUACUUCUCAGAAUGGUAAAUUUACAUUAUAUUUUUUCAGAUAAAGAAUUGAAAUGUGUCGACUUAAGUGCUUAUUUUUGAUUUUUUGUACUCAUUGAUUUCAAGCAAAUUAAUUAGGUACAUAUGUAUUAACAUAAUGUUUUACAUUUUUUAUUAACUGUAAUUUAUGUUUUAAGUUAUGCACUUAUGAGUGUAUCAAUAUACGCAGUUGGCAAUAUGAAGUUCCACUGUUAUACUGCUUUUAUUUCAGACUUCAACAUUAACCAUUACAUACAUUAACCAUUUAUUAAAGGUAAAACAUCUUUUACAGUCAGUAUUCAGAUACAGGGCACUGAAUAUGUUUAAGCAAUACAUGUAUUUAUUUUACUUUUUAACCAUUUGUUUUCAUCUUUGAAAACCUGUUUAUAUCAUUGUCAAUAUUGUGAGGCAGUCAGAUGCUGUUGGCACCGUUAGGCUGUGGGAUGUUACAUUACCUGGUAGGCUGUCAAAUGUUGUUGGCAUCAUUAGACAGUCUGAUGGUCUUGGCAUAAUUAUGCUUUCGGAUGCUGUAGGAAUCAUUAGACAGUCGGAUGCUGUUGGCAUAAUUAUGCUUUCGGAUGCUGUAGGAAUCAUUAGACAGUCGGAUGCUGUUGGCAUAAUUAUGCUUUCGGAUGCUGUAGGAAUCAUUAGACAGUCGGAUGCUGUUGGCAUAAUUAUGCUUUCGGAUGCUGUAGGAAUCAUUAGACAGUCUGAUGCUGUUGGCAUAAUUAUGCUUUCGGAUGCUAUAGGAAUCAUAAGACAGUCAGAUGCUGUUGGCAUAAUUAUGCUUUCGGAUACUGUAGGAAUCAUUAGGCAGUUGGAUGCUGUUGGCAUCAAACUCAUUUUUCCUUUUCAGUGAUUUUAAUUUUGUUUGAUUUAUACAAAUGAAACUUAGCCUGUAGUUAUUCGGAUCAGUGGUCAAGGUCAUAAUUACUAAAAAUAGAAAGAAAAAGGAAACAGUUACUGCUGUCAUUAAUAAAUGAGGUUAGUAUUGAAUGGAUCAUGUGAAACUUCACCUUCAGCAAGCUUUUAUCAAUACCAAGGUCACCAUUAUGAAUAAUAAUUUACACUGGGUGCCUGUUUAGCACAAUGGGGAGAGUGCAGAUCUGUGGAUUGUGGGGUUGAGUUAGAUCUGUUGGCGAUAUAGAUGUUCUGACAGUUUGUUAGAAUAAAUUGUUUCUGAUAUCAUACGUCCACAACCUUUGAUUCAUUUGGAGAAGUUGAUUGUUUGUGCGAGUUAUUUGUAGAGAACAUUUUAAUACUGGUACAGAAUCCAGGAACACUGCCCAUUGUUACAUAAUUGAAAUGUUGUUGAAAAAUGGUGUUAAACCAAAAACAAGCUAACAGAAUAUAGUGCUCAGUUGCUUCAUGUAGUUUUGAUUGAUAUAUGAAAUGAGACUUGUUGUACCAGUAGCAAAAUAUCAUAUGAGGCCUUUAGGGUGAAGGUCAAGGUCAUUGUUACUAAAUUUGGCAGUGUAUUGACCCGCCUUUUCAAAAUCGCAGAAUAGUCAAGCAUUUCGAGUAUUUGAAUUCCAAAGGCUGAAGUAGCUUGGCCUAAGAAAUUUCCAGAAACCUAGUCCUCUGGUAGAAUUUUCAAAAUAUUGCUUAUUUACUGUCCAAAGAGAGCUUUAUAGUAAAACUGAGUUUGCCAAAAGGACUUUCUACUGGAAUAUAUGGAAUAUAAUGAGAAAAUUAAUACUAGGUAGAGUGGGGGAUUUUUUGUUGCUUGGUGAUGUUGCUUUGUUGUUAUUGCAAGUUCCAAAUAGUCUAUAGCAUAAAAUAUUGUGCAGAUACACAACAAAAGGUCAUAUGAAAAUUAUUGAUUUGGUAAGUGCUGAAGUCAUAGACGCGACUUUUAUUAUUUUCUAGUAAAGUUUUAACAAACCUAUUCUAUGUUGUUUUUAAUAAAUACUCAUCUUUUUUAUGCUCUUGUAAUAUAAUCUCUCUUUACAUGAAGGAUAUUACAUAAAUGUCUCUUCCUACUGAAUUAAUUAAACAAGUUGAAUGAAAUAUUAAAUUGUGAGGCUCUGCUGAGCAUUUUAUUAAUUUUAUUCAAUGAGUUUAAUAAAUUCAAUGUGGAAAGACACAAAUGUAAUAUUCUUUUUAUCACAUGUUAGCUUUUCCUGUUGAAACAUCCAACUUUCUUCUUUCUUUACCUAUGUAGUAGAUAAAGUCAAAGUUUUUUUUACCCUUGGGCUAGUGUAUUAUCAAAUUUAUGUAAUGGCUUUAUUUCACUCCCACGAUGCCAACCAUGUGAUAAAUGAAGUUAUAACAUUUUCUCAUGCUAUGAAUUAAGUAUUUUAUAUAUGUAACAGGAAUAUCUUAUUUUCAUAAACCUACAAAAUUUAAAUGAAAUUAAAAGUUAAAAUUCAUUUUCUCUGUAAAAGUUGAUGGUAUGAUAGGUGCAAUCAACUUGCAGUACUGUUAAAUAUAAUUUUUACUUUUGCACAUUUGCUGCAGGUUUCAUACAUAGCAAGAGACUUAGUGUGUUAAAGUAACUUAGUUUUUAAAAUCUUGUCAUAAGUUAUAGUCUUUUUCUUCCUAUCUUCUGUUGAGAAAUGUUUUAUUAAGAUUGUAAGAAUACCUUACUUGGUGAGUUACCUUACUUGAAAUCUUUUCAUAAGAGUUACCUUUCUUGGAAUGCCUAUUUUCUUUAAAAAGUUACCUUACCUGGAAAAUUUUGCACAAGAUGAUUUAAAGUCACUUUUUUUCAAAGCAUUAUCUUACUUGAAAUUUUGUUCAUUGUUUUUAGUUCUUGAACUGCGAUAGAAAUAAAAUAUUACAGAAAGAUGCUGUAUGUACGGAAAUGAAAACUAAAUGUAUAGAGGUUUUCGGAAAUUGUAAUUGACUGUUGCAGAUUGUAAAAUAUAGUUCUUUGUUUGAUCAGACAUUUAUAAAGUGUUUUUAAAUUAGAUCUGCUGCUGACAGGAGUGCCACUACCUUGUUCAGUCAGCUAUAUAGGACCUUUUAUAUUGAUUUGCAGUAAAAUCACACUCACCUUGUUUGAACAUUUUGUAGAGACUUUGUAUGUCCAUUUUACACUCUCUGUUUUUUGUUGGUCCAAUUCUAACUGUAUAUGUGGCUUGAUAUGUAUGAAAGUGCCUAUGUCUCGGUAAAGGGUUAGACAGUAAAGGAAGAUAGGUUUACAUACAAUAUCCUAAAAAUCUAUGUAGUUCCAGUUUUUGUUUGUUUUUAUGCCCCCGAAGGGAGGCAUAUAGUUUUUGAACCGUCUGUCGGUCUGUCCGCAAUUUUCGUGUCCGGUCCAUAUCUUUGUCAUCGAUGGAUGGAUUUUCAAAUAACUUGGCAUGAAUGUGUACCACAGUAAGAUGGCGUGUCGCGCGCAAGACCCAGGUCCGUAGCUCAAAGGUCAAGGUCACACUUAGACAUUAAAGGAUAGUGCAUUGAUGGGCGUGUCCGGUCCAUAUCUUUGUCAUCGAUGGAUGGAUUUUCAAAUAACUUGGCAUGAAUGUGUACCACAGUAAGACAACGUGUCGCGCGCAAGACCCAGGUCCGUAGCUCAAAGGUCAAGGUCACACUUAGACUUUAAAGGAUAGUGCAUUGAUGGGCGUGUCCGGUCCAUAUCUUUGUCAUCCAUGGAUGGAUUUUCAAAUAACUUGGCAUGAAUGUGUACCACAGUAAGACAACGUGUCGCGCGCAAGACCCAGGUCCGUAGCUCAAAGGUCAAGGUCACACUUAGACGUUAAAGGAUAGUGCAUUGAUGGGCGUGUCCAGUCCAUAUCUUUGUCAUCCAUGGAUGGAUUUUCAAAUAACUUGGCAUGAAUGUGUACCACAGUAAGACGUGUCGUGCGCAAGACCCAGGUCCGUAGCUCAAAGGUCAAGGUCACACUUAGACAUUAAAGGUCAUUUUUCAUGAUAGUGCAUUGAUGGGCGUGUCCGGUCCAUAUCUUUGUCAUUCAUGCAUGGAUUUUAAAAUAACUACGCAUGAAUGUGUGACACAGUAAGAUGACGUGUAGCGCGCAAGACCCAGCUCCGUAGGUCAAAGGUCCUAAACUCUAACAUCGGCCAUAGCUAUUCAUUCAAAGUGCCAUAGGGGGCAUGUGUCAUCCUAUGGAGACAGCUCUUGUUUUUUUUUAAAUUGAACCUGUGUAAACAAACUUUGUAUUGUAACUUGACGUCUCCCAACACAUUGGUUUGUGUAAUAAAAAAAUAAUGUAUAUCCAUUCACCCUUGCAUUUAAAUGAAGUGGUAUGGGGAGACACAUGCUUUUACCAAUUACAAGUUUUAAAAUGCUAGGUAUGUAGAAUUCAUUGAAAUCAAAUCGAUACCACUAAGUCAUAGGGCUAACACUUUAGGACUAGAUCCUAUUGAAGUAUGUGAAAAAAAUGUUAAUACUUCUGUUGAUUAAAAGAAGAGGAAAGAC